AUGGCCGGGUGGAGCAACAGCAGCACCAACGUGUCCUACACCAGCUUCAUCCUGGUGGGCUUCCCGGGGCUCCGGGAAUCCCGCGGCCUGCUGGUGCUGCCCUUCCUCAGCCUCUACGUGGUGAUCGUUUCUGCCAACGCCCUGGUCAUCCACACAGUGCUGGUCCAGAGGAGCCUGCAUCAGCCCAUGUACCUGCUCAUCGCCCUGCUCCUGGCCGUCAACAUCUGCGCCGCCACCACCGUGAUUCCCGCCAUGCUCUUCAGCUUCUCCAGCCGCUUCAACCGCAUCUCUCUGGCUCGCUGCCUGGGGCAGAUGUUCUGCAUCUACUUCCUCAUCGUCUUCGACUGCAACAUCCUCCUGGUCAUGGCCCUGGACCGCUUUGUGGCCAUCUGCCACCCGCUCCGCUACCCGGAGCUAGUGACCAGCCGGGCGCUGGCGGGGCUGCUGGCGCUGGCGGCCGCCCGGAGCACGGGCAUCGUGGCCCCCGUGGUGGGGCUGGCCGCCCGGGUCCGCUUCUGCCGCUCGGACGUGAUCCACCACUUCGCGUGCGAGCACAUGGCGCUGAUGAAGCUCUCCUGCGGGGACAUCUCCCUCAACAAGACGGUGGGGCUGGUCAUCCGCCUCUUCAACCGCGUCCUGGACCUGCUGCUGCUCGGCGCCUCCUACUCGCGCAUCAUCCACGCCGCCUUCCGCAUCUCGGCCGGCGGGGCCCGCUCCAAGGCGCUCAACACCUGCGGCUCCCACCUGCUGGUCAUCUUCACUGUCUACUCGUCCACCAUGUCCUCGUCCAUCGUCUACCGGCUGGCCCGCUCCGCCUCCCAGGACGUCCACAACCUGCUCAGCGCCUUCUACCUGCUGCUCCCGUGCCUGGUCAACCCCAUCAUCUACGGGGCCAGGACCAAGGAAAUCCGGCAGCACCUGGCCACUAUGUUCCGAUGGGGAAAGCCCCAGGACCCCACUGGGAAGCCCUAG